CCACUCCCUGCAUAACCUGUACGUGGCGGUGUCAGAGCCCAGCCUGGGGGUCCCCCAGUACAUGUCCAUUGGAUACCUGGAUGGGAUCCCCUUCGUGCGCUACGACAGCGAGCGGGGCCGGGCGGAGCCGCUGACACAGUGGAUAAAGGAUGGAGUUGAGCCGGGAUAUUGGGAUGGGCAGACCCAGAUUGCUGUGAGGAACCAGCACGUGGCUGCCAGGAACCUGGAGAUACUGCGGGAGCGAUACAACCAGAGCGGGGGUCUCCACACAUGUUUGCGAGUUUCUGGCUGUGACCUCCUGUCCGACGGGAGCAUCCGUGGAUCUGAGCGGUACAGCUACGACGGACGGGAUUUCAUCUCCUUUGACCUGGGAUCCGGGAGAUUCGUGGCGGCCGACAGCGCUGCCGAGAUCACCAGGAGACGCUGGGAACAGGAAGAGGAACCUGAGAGGUGGACGAAUUACCUGAAGCACGAAUGCCCGGAAUGGCUCCGGAAAUACGUCGGAUAUGGGCAGAAGGAGCUGGAGCGCAAAGAGCCCCCUGAUGUCCACGUGUCCGGAAGAGAGGAACACGGGACGCUGAUCCUGUCCUGCCACGCGUACGGAUUCUACCCCAGCACCAUCACAGUCAGCUGGAUGAAGGGGGGGGAUACCUUGGAUCAGGAGACGCAGUGGGGCGGGAUCGUUCCCAACAGCGACGGCACCUUCCACACCUGGGCCAGGAUCGAGGCGCUGCCGGAGGAGCGGGAGCAGUACCGGUGCAGGGUGGAGCAUCCCGGAAUGCUGGAGCCCGGGAUCUUCGCUUGGGAGCCAUCUGGCGGGAAUCUCACCGUGGUGGUCGCUGUGUCCGUCAUCGCUGCCAUCCUCAUCCUCGUUGCCCUCAUCGGAUUCGUUGUCUGGAAGCUCCAGUCCGGGAGGAGGGACAGGAAUGGAUACAACCCGGCAGCCGGUGAGUUCCAGCAGCGGAUCCGGCUCUGGAUCCCCCCUGUGCGGAUCCCAGAACGGAUCCUGGGGUUAAUCCUGGUGUGUGAUCCGUGCUGGAAUCUCAUGGAUCUUCUCUUUCUGCAGGAAAGGACGCGGGAACCACUGGCUUGAGCACAGGAAUCACUGCCUGAGCAAUCCACAGAGCUGGAUCCAGCCCCUUCCCUCUUCCCAGGAAAGCUGAGAGCUGCCAGCAGAGCUCAUCCCGCUGCUUCCACUCAUG